CAUUCCAUAUACACUUACGUUUCAUUCCGUACCCACUUACGUUUCGUGCUUUGACUUUAUUUGCUUAACCUUUUUUAGAAAAAUGCAAUAAAAGGGAGUACAUAACAUUAUCAUAUCUUGUGGAAAAUUGAUCUAUCAUUUGGAUAAAAAUAUGUCUUCAGGACUGAGGGUCUUAUUUAGCUAGCAAUAUUGAACCGAAUAUCGAGGAAUAUGAUUUCCAAUCGUGGACAAGGCACAUUAACCCAUUGUAGACCAUUGGGUAUUACUUUGAAUAACAUCCCUAGUUUUGGUUUGGCUCUCUCGCUCUUUGAAAGUUUUAUCUAAGAAAAAGUAAUUAAAGAAGUAAAAUAUUAUUUAAUAUUUUGUUAUUUGUGAGUAGAUACCGUGUGUUUUUUGGUUUCUUCACUCUUUCACAUGAUUGUGUGCUGCGUAUGUAUGAGGCAGAAUUUUUCAAGGCAUGAGACCGCCGAGACCCAGCAAUUUCAUCACCAAUCACAUUUAUCUGUCCCACAACAACGACUACGAUCGCAACGUAGAGAAGCUAUGCGAACGCGCCACGCUCCAUAACAAGCGAGUGAUGCUCAUCACAAGCCGAAAAUACCCUUUGCCGAGGGAGCACGAUGGCCGCCAGACCGCCUCCAAGGGUCGCAUCAGUGUUUGCCGCCUGAUUGACAUCGAGGCGACGCCGCAACAAUUGCUGGACCUCCAUGACGGAUACCAGCCGUUCCACGGCCUUCCAGAUCUCAUCAUCUUUGAUUUGCAUUCCAUAAUUGCGGAAGUGCUGCAGCGGCCCGUGAUGCAGCAGUGCUCCACCGACAAGCUGGUGCGCCACAUUGCCAAAUGUUCGGCCGCCUUUGCAAAUUAUCGCGAGCUCGUCUGCAACGAGUGGCUCGUGGCCGGCGAUAGCGGCAAGUCAGUGACUGAAAAUGGGUCCCAUGGAGUGGACACCAUAGUGGUCAUGUCGCAGGAGUCGUAUCCCAUGACGCCGGCCCAGUUCAAGCUGCUGAUGGGUCUCUAUUUCUGGGGCAACGAAUGCUACACAAGCUUCUCCAAGCUGUCGGCCCAGAUCUCGAUCUCGCAGGGACUAACCGCCUAACCGGAUGGAAUGUAUGGCACUGUACAUCGAAAGUGCCUUGGACGCUACCCCGUGUCGUCCGUUCUGUUACCCAAACAGAAUCGUCUUAAAAACUAGUUCCUUUAACAAAAACAUACUCGUACAUAUCCCCUACAGCGUCAGUUUUUGAAGCAGAAGUAGCAUAUACUAUAUACAUUAUAUACAUACUCGUAGAUAUUUACACCUCGAGAAAAACCUACAUGGCAUCCAUGCAAACUGUUUAUAUGAAAACCAUUUGAAUCGAAUGAUCGAUUGGAGGCCCAAGACUUGAAAACUUUAAUCUAAACAUUAAAAUUACCAAAAGCUUAAAAUGUAUGCUAAUUUAACUGUUAUAUAUAUUUAACAGCAAUAUAUAUACACAUGUACAUCUACUAUAAAUUCCAAUUAAAAUCUCAAUAUUUGCA